GAGAGCGAGGCUGCAUAAUUAGUGUUACCGAGUUUGUGUCAAAGCUAGAGACCAUGAGAGGAGACUUCUGAAGACGAUUGUGCUCAGAAAAACAUUGCAGCUAACCUUCAGGACAUUUGCAUGUGCGGGCCGUUAUAUGCGUGCAUUCCUCUUUCAUUUUCAAAGGACUUGAAUUUGUAUUUGGAUGCGGAUUUAGCCUUUCAUUAUGACUCUGCGAGGAGGCUUUGAGAGAACAUGGAUUGGCUGCUACAGAGGUGCCUGCUGCUGGGUGUUGCUGCUGGCUUGUUAUUUCUUGAUCGCCUUGGCAGCCAAGCCGAAAAUGCCAGGCCACACACACCUCAAUUCAAUACGCAUUGAUGGGGACAUAUCUCUGGGUGGACUGUUCCCAGUGCAUGCGAGAGGGAACGAUGGCAAAGCCUGUGGGGAGCUUAAGAAGGAGAAAGGGAUCCACAGGCUGGAGGCCAUGUUAUUUGCCCUGGAUCGAAUCAAUAACGACAAUGAGCUGCUGCCUAAUAUCACUCUGGGGGCACGCAUCCUGGACACCUGCUCCCGGGACACUCAUGCUCUGGAACAGUCACUGACAUUUGUUCAGGCGCUGAUUGAGAAAGACUCAACGGAUGUCAAAUGUCUCAGCGGAGGGCCGCCCAUCAUCACUAAGCCUGAGAGAGUGGUGGGAGUGAUCGGUGCAUCUGCCAGCUCCGUGUCAAUCAUGGUAGCCAACAUUUUGCGUCUUUUCAAGAUCCCUCAAGUGAGCUACGCCUCCACGGCUCCAGAACUGAGUGACAACACCCGCUAUGACUUCUUCUCCCGGGUGGUUCCCCCAGACACCUACCAGGCCCAGGCCAUGGUGGACAUUGUCAAGGCCAUGCGCUGGAACUAUGUCUCCACUGUGGCUUCAGAAGGAAACUAUGGAGAAAGUGGCGUUGAUGCGUUCAUUCAAAAGUCUCGAGAGGACGGUGGCCUGUGCAUUUCACAGUCGGUGAAAAUACCACGUGAGCCAAGAGCUGGAGAGUUUGACAAGAUAAUUCGCAGGCUGAGUGAGAACCCGAAUGCCCGAGCAGUCAUUAUCUUUGCCAAUGAGGAUGACAUCAGACGGCUCCUUCAAGCUGCUAAGAAGGCCAAUCAAACAGGACAUUUCAUCUGGGUGGGUUCAGACAGCUGGGGCUCUAAAAUCUCCCCAAUUCUGAACCAGGAAGAAAUGGCUGAGGGCGCCGUCACCAUCCUCCCCAAACGACAAUCCAUCAAAGGUUUCGAUCGCUAUUUCAUCAGCCGAACAUUAGAGAACAACAGGAGGAAUAUCUGGUUUGCAGAGUUCUGGGAGAAUAACUUCCAGUGCAAGCUUAGUCGACAUGCAGCUAAGAAAGGAUCUGGCAUCAAAAAAUGCACAAAUCACGAGCGGAUCGGGAAAGAUUCGUCUUAUGAACAGGAGGGGAAGGUGCAGUUUGUGAUUGAUGCGGUGUAUGCCAUGGCCCAUGCUCUACACAACAUGCACAAAGAUCUCUGUCCCGGAAAAGUUGGCCUUUGCUCCAAGAUGGAUACUAUAAAUGGCACAAUGCUGCUCAAGUACAUUCGUGAUGUCAACUUCACAGGAAUUGCUGGCACACCGGUGGUCUUCAAUGUGAAUGGAGAUGCUCCUGGUCGCUAUGAAAUCUACCAAUACCAGAUGGCAAAUAACACAACAGAGUACAAGAUCAUCGGCCACUGGACAGAUCAGCUCCACUUGGACAUCAAUGAGAUGCAGUGGCCUGGUGGAACACAAGACAUCCCAACCUCUAUUUGCAGCCAACCUUGCCGUCCUGGCCAGCGCAAGAAGACAGUGAAGGGAAUUCCAUGUUGUUGGCACUGCGAGAAUUGUGAUGGGUACCAGUACCAGGCCGACACUUACACCUGCAAGAUGUGCCGAUUUGAUUUGCGGCCUAAUGAGAACCACACUGGCUGUGAUCCCAUUCCCAUUGUUAAGCUGGAGUGGAGCUCCCCCUGGGCAGUCAUCCCUGUGCUAAUCGCUGUCUUCGGCAUCAUGGCCACAUUGUUUGUGGUCGUCACCUUUAUACGCUACAAUGACACACCUAUUGUUAAGGCAUCAGGUCGAGAGCUGAGCUAUGUGCUGCUGACGGGUAUUUUUCUGUGCUAUGCUACAACAUUCCUCAUGAUCUCCACUCCUGAUGUGGUAAUAUGCUCACUGCGACGGAUUUUCCUGGGCCUGGGUAUGAGUAUAAGCUAUGCAGCACUGCUCACCAAGACAAAUCGGAUCUACAGGAUUUUUGAGCAGGGCAAGAUGUCGGUCAGUGCCCCACGAUUCAUCUCCCCAGCAUCCCAGUUAGUCAUCACUUUCAGCCUGAUAUCAGUGCAGCUCCUCGGAGUGUGCAUCUGGUUUGGUGUUGACCCGUCACAAGCUAUCAUCGACUACGAGGACCAGCGUACAACCAAUCCCACAAUGGCCCGUGGUCUUCUGAAAUGUGAUAUAUCAGACCUGUCCCUCAUCUGUCUGCUGGGUUAUAGCAUGCUGCUGAUGGUCACCUGCACGGUUUAUGCCAUCAAGACCAGAGGGGUUCCCGAGACAUUCAACGAGGCCAAGCCCAUCGGAUUCACCAUGUACACCACCUGCAUUGUGUGGCUCGCCUUCAUCCCCAUCUUCUUUGGGACCUCACAAUCAGCAGAAAAGAUGUAUAUCCAGACCACAACCUUGACCAUCUCCGUAAGCCUCAGUGCUUCUGUCUCUCUGGGAAUGCUCUACAUGCCCAAGGUCUACGUGGUUCUCUUUCAUCCAGAGCAGAACGUACCCAAGCGCAAGCGCAGCCUGAAGGCUGUAGUCACUGCAGCCACCAUGUCCAACAAGUUCAACCCUAAAGGUGGCCUGAGGCCCAAUGGAGAGGCCAAGUCUGAACUCUGUGAAAGUCUUGAAACACAAGGUUAG